AUGCUGCACUCGCUGAGGAGUAAUGCGCGAUAUCAAUUGAUUACGCUGGGGACGGGAAUAGCAGGACUUGUGUAUUUCAUCCUGCAGAAUGGCUUCCAUGCGGCUAGUAUCAAGGGGUUGGUCAUGGCGCUUGCAAGACUGUUCAAGAACGCCAGCGUGAGCGUUAGACUGCGGCGGCUGCAAGGACUGGCGCCGAAGCUCAAGGAUAAGUUGGAUGAGGCUGUGGACGAACUUGAAGAGCUGGAGAAUACUGUUUGGCAGCUCAAGCAGCGGAAGUACGGCACAAGCGCGGAUUUGCAAGAGUGGAUCGACGAACUCGCGGACACGACAUUGAUACCAGACGCGAGGCUUGGCGUUACUGCAGCAGUGAGGGCGACGAACGCUCGGAUUCCAGCUGUGCUCACGGAGAGCUACUUGGCUGACAUCACACGCAAGCUGAAACGAGCACGGCAUAAGAAAGCACGAUUCAUAGACGAGUGGAGUCAUCUGUGUCAAGGCGCGCAAGAUGCGCAGACCAUAUUGGACGCCGCCAACACCCGCAAGCUGGACUUCGGCCGCGAGAGACCAGGAUCAAGAGGCCUGCUAGAGCGUCUGAGUUUCUUGACGCCCUCCAUGCGAUAUCAGCUUCAUAUGAACAUCAUACCAUACCUGCGCAUCGGCGCGUCCAUAUUCUUCGCGGCAGCAAGCAUAAUGGUGGUAUUCAGCGAGGUCGUGAGCUCUUUCGCGCCAAAAGUGUCCAUCAUCGGCUUGACCGUGGUUCACCAUAUAAACUCCGAUGGCAGCAAGGUCGGUGCCGCGGGUCAACUGAUAGCAGCAGCAUGGCUACUAUAUAUGGACACCUGCGCACUGUACGCCAUCUCCGACGUCAAAGUCUGGGGCAAUCGAGCUUUGGUCAAACGGCAGACGUAUGCCGAGAGCGCAUGCUGGUACAGCUUGCAAGUCGCUAAGCUCACGGUCCCACUGUCUUUCAACUUCAUAACGAUGCUGCCAGAAACAGUGUACAAAGGCACCGCAUUCUACCAGUUCCUCGGCAAGCUCAUCAAUCUUACACCACUCGGCUCUGGCUUCUCGGCAUUCUUCCCAUGCUUUCUGCUUGUACCCGUGCUUGCGAGCUUGUUCAACGUGUAUGGUCGCUUGAAGAGCGUGGUCGGCUUCGGCGUCCUGGAGGACGAAAGCGAGGAGAACGUGUCUGGCUUCGGCACUGGUGGGUGGCGCGAAGGCAAGGCACUAAUCGACAGGGAAAUCCAAUCUCGUGGAGAAGCAUCCACGGUUGGCCUCACGAAUCAGGAUAGAAGCUCGCUCGACUUCGAUCGUGGUCGUCCAGUUGCAUCCGCGGCUGCGACUGCCGCGACAGCAGGCAUAUACACACCACCAAUCGGUAGUCGCAGCACCAGAGCUCAGCAGCAGGAGCCCCUGCUAGCCACGCACGUGCAAGAAGCAAAUCGGCAAUUCAACAGUAUAACGAACCGUGAAGAAGGGCCCGAGGAUGAUGAACCGAGAGCUUUCUAUCAGGAUUUUGCUGAGCGCGUGAAGAAUACAUUCGAAUCGACGGAUAGACCGGAGUGGGUCAGGAAUGUUGGAAGUGCUUUCAAGGCGCCCAAGUGGAUGCAGAAUGAUCAGCGAGACCAGAAUAGCGGUAACGGGCUGGGUAGAUGGUUUGGGGGACGAGCGGAGGACGGAAGGGUGAGAUUGUGA